GGGAAUCAACCGGGGUGCUUCGACGUGAAGAGUCAUCAUAAACAUAAACGCAAGGCAAGGCAUAAACUUAGGGCGGUAAUUAUUCCAUCCAGUGACUGGCUUGAACCAUCAUCCUGCAUCAGUAGCGGUCUUAAGUUGAUAACAGUUAUACUAAAAAGUAUAUAUUUUCCAAAUAUAGUUCGGCAGUCGUCAAAUAGUAGAGAUUACUGAUAGAAGAACGCCCGCACUAACGAAACGCACCUGUUUAGUUCCUGGUUGAGUUGUUCCGGAAUGGCGCCUCCAAAAGAAGCCGCCGAACCGCGCCAGAAACGAAACUUACUUUUGUAAACAUCGUUACACAGCGUUUACUUCCUUGCCUACUAUGUCAUCUGCUGUUGCUGCUCCCAGAAAGAGGUGAUUGGUGUCGAGCCUUCAGUAGCAGUCGUGUCUUAUGUGGGAGAAGCCUAUGUGGCAUCUACCUUGGCUGCAGCCCUUGCAGAGGAGAGAUAAGACGCGAGCUAUAGGCCCCCACUGUACUAUGCUAAAGGGUACCUUUGCCAUAUUUGAUGAUGUGUGAUAUAAUAAAUAAGGUCACAAAGAAAUUAACUUCAGGGUCAGAAUUCUCAAAGCGGUCAUCAGGUCAUAUGCAGCAACUCAAAAGUUAUUCAUGUGGGGUUCCAGAAGUUCCCCGAUCCAGAAUAAAAUUUUUGAAGCAGUUGGGAAUAGGAAGUUUUGCCAAGACAUACAAGGGGCUAUUGUUAGCAGAAUCACCAGAUGAGUUACCGGUAACAGUAGCUGUCCGAGAAUUGAAGGAAAACAUGCCCAACUCAGUUCGUUCUGACUUCCUUGAAGAGCUUCAAUUCUUAGCAGAUCUGCAUCAUCCUAACAUAAUGUGUUUAUUAGGUGUCAUAACUGAGUCUGAGCCGAUUUCCAUGUUAUUUGAAGUUAGUUCACAGGGCUGUUUACCAAGGUUUUUGAUGUCUCAUUCGCCCAAGUCACAAGAGUCUAGGAGUAAUGGAGAGGCAGACGAUUUCCUCAGAAUAGAUGAGUUGUAUCUGAUUGCUUCACAGGUUGCAGCUGGUAUGGAAUACUUAGCCAGCAGAUGUUAUGUAUAUAAUGCAUUAAUGGCUUCAAAUUGUUAUGUUGGGGAAAAUUUGUUGGUCAAGAUUUAUGAAGCUGAAAUUAAAUGCAACAGAAUGUACGUUGCUGAGGACCUACUUGAAAUUCGGUGGAUGCCUCCUGAGAUGUUAUCCAAGCCACACAUUACCUUAGAAGUCAAUGUUUGGAACUUUGGAGUUGUACUUUGGGAAAUUUUCAGUUAUGGAACAAAGCAGCCUUACCAGGGUCUCUCAAGUCAAGAGGUUGUGGAGAAAGUUAAGUCCCUUCAGCUUUUAGAAUGUCCAGAUGGGUGCCCUGCUCAUGCGUAUGACUUGAUGCUCAAAUGCUGGCAAGGCAAUCCAGACAAACGACCCUCUUUCAGGAAUUUGCAUGGAUGGCUGAAGUCGUGGGAAGGUUUUCCAGAUUCAUAGCAAGUCAUCAGUUUGUGCCUGGUACUGUGAUCUCCUUUGAGGAUCCUUGGAAAUGGACAUGUUUACAUUGGUAGGUAUAUUUCAUAUAGUUCAGCUGUAGUUUGUAGAUCUUCCUAUUGUGUAACUGUCUCUAGUAUGUAUAUUGAGCUAUUAUUUUUAGAUAUGUAGUUAUAUGAUCAAAGGAAUUCUGUCUUUUUGUAAGCAUGCUGACAGUGGUAUUCAUUUGAAUUAUGAAAGUAAUUUUUAAUCAUUUUCUAUGCUUGGUCAAGGUUGAUAGAUUGCUUUGUGCCAUUGUAUUAAUUAGCAUUUUUUAAAUGCUGUUAUUUAAAAGAUAAGAUAUAAUUUUAUAUUUUUAAGAAUGAACCCUUCUAGCCAACUCCAUGAAAGCAAAGAUUGUUAGUCAUUGAUUUGGAUAAGUCACUAUAUUGUGUCAACUCAAGUAAUAUGUUUAAAAUAGGUUUUUGUGGAUACAAUGAGCCUGUUAUUUUUUUUUAUUCUGUAUCCAUCCGUCCCCAUCAGAUAAAAAAUGAAAACGUAUAAUAGAUUUAAUAAAUGCUUCUGUCACCGAGGGAUGUUUCAUAUUUUCAUUCUGCUGAUGUACUUUGGCUCUUUGUCUACUCUCUUUGGCUAGGCCUGUUGGCAAGAGUGAAAUUAGCUUUAAUUUACAAAAUAAAGAUAUUAACAGUGUUUUUUUUUUAUUGGCUAAAAUACUUUUAGAAGGAUCUGAUUAACAACUUGCAUGUCACUAACUCUCCGUGCUCAGUACUUUGGUUUUGGAAUAGAUUUAGUAGUUUGCUGAAGUAAGUGCUAGCAGUAGUCUUCAAUUGUUGAUAUGCAUGUCAAAACAAUGGGAAGAGUACUUUUUCAAGUAUAUAUUCAGUAAAUGCAUUUUUAAAAGGUAAUAAUUUUUAGAUUUACAUGAUGAUGAUCAAUAUAUGCUUUGUAUGUUUGGGGAUUAAAGAUUCAGAUUAUCUGAUCCCAUUGCUAUGUGUUUUUCCGAGAUGGUUUCCUAUAAUCUUCAUAGGAAUAAAACAUGAAGUUCAUGUAAUUAUUUUCUGUGUUUUAUACAGUCUUUUAAUAUACAUGGCCAGACAUUAUG